GUGUACAGUCUUCUAUCUCUUUCCAACGAUUCUUUCAUCUAGCUGUCUGUCACAAUUUAUCCUUUUAUCGAUUUGGAAUUUGAAAUAAAAUUUAGGCGUUUUUCUAAUAUGAAGUUAAAGUAAAUGAGUAUUGUGUUUAUAUGAAAAUUAAUAGUAAAGAUGAAUUUUUGGAGUGCACAGUGUUUUAUGAUUUUAGCAGUUCUCAGCGUGGUUACAUCGUCUAGAGUGCUAGAACUAAGCGACAAAUUUAUUGAUAUAAGCAAUGAGGGUAUGUGGUUCGUGAAGUUCUAUGCGCCAUGGUGCGCUCACUGUCGGAGGAUAGAACCUAUAUGGGCACAUGUCGCCCAGUCACUCUACAACACUCCUAUAAAAGUAGCAAAAGUUGAUUGUACUAGAUUUAUGGCUGUCGCAACACAGUUCAAAGUCAGAGCAUACCCAACAAUCAUGUUUAUAAAAGGUCCCUAUCGUCAUGAGUAUAUUGGUGAGCGUGUUAAAGAAGAUAUGGUUAAUUAUGCUCUGCGGAUGUCUCAACCUGCUGUUCAAAGGUUGUCACAGGCUGAUAGUCUUGGGUAUUUGAAGGAGACUCAUCCGGUUUUCUUUGGAUAUGUAGGAAAACAACAAGGACCAUUAUGGGAAAUAUUCACAAUACAUGCAGAAAAGUAUCAACCACACACAUGGUUCUAUGCAAUGUCACAUGAACUCUUGAAAAAUGAUGUGAAAAUACCAAAUGAAACGGCUGUAUUUGUUUACAAAGACGAUGAGGCAUACUUCUUUGAUGCAAAUCCUUCAUUAAUUGAAGAUAAAGAAGCCUUAAAUGUAACUUUGGAUAAAUGGAUUAACUCUGAGAGGUUUGGCCUCUUCCCAAAGGUCACUAGAUCAAACAUAAAUGAAUUAAUGGACAUAGAAAAAUAUAUAGUUAUUGCAAUUGUCUCUGAAAAUAAAUUAAAUGAAAUAACUCAAACAGAGAGAGACUUUAAAGACAUGGUAGAGAGCAUUAUCAAGAAGAGGAAACGAGAUCUUCAUCAUAGAUUCCAGUUUGGUUGGAUGGGAAAUCCAGAAUUAGCUAACUCAAUAGCUAUGUCUGAACUGACAAUACCUCACUUGAUAGUUCUCAACUCAACAACAGGCCACCACCAUAUUCCUCAAGAUGAUCCUGUUCUCAUGACACCUGAAGCUGUUUCAAUGUUCCUGGAUCAAAUUCAUAAUCAAGUAGCACCGACAUAUGGAGGCAACAGUUGGCUUGUCCGUUGCUACAGAGGCUUUUUUGAAGCUAGAACUACAUUAACAAACAUGUGGAGAGGAAACCCAGUAUUAACGGCCCUCGUGUUCGGUCUACCCUUAGGAUUUUUAUCACUUAUUUGUUACUCGGUAUGCUGCGCUGACAUACUUGAUGCAGAAGAAGAAGAUACUCCAGAAACUCAUGAGAAGAAGGAUUAAUGAAGGAUAAUGGUAAAAAUGAGAAAAACUUUUAGUACUUUUACAUUAAUUGUGUGAAGAAAAGAAAAUGUUUUAUUGAAUAGUCAAUUUUGCUUUGGUACCAGUGAUUGUCAUGUGGCAGGUUGGGUGGGUGAUGGUAUGUUAAUUUUACCAGAUGUUACUGCACCUUGGAAGGAGCUCACAGAUACAGUACCUACAUACACACUGUUAUCAAUAUUAUAGGAAAGAAAUAGCUACUUAUUUGUUUGACUAGUGAAGUUUCAAAAUGGCUGACUCAUUUGCAAAGUUCCUCUACCAUUAAAGUUUACUUUCAGGGAGUAACAUGUCUACUUUUUACCCCAGUAUUCUCAUAAGAUCUCUUUUUUGUCAAUAGUUAUGAAUUGCAAAAAACAAUGUCCAUUAUAGUCUCAUAAAACUAAUGAUAAAUGAAUGUGGUGCGGAUCCACUCCAUAGAUCUAUCUAAUCCUUUCCUGUUAGUAUAAUACAGAUACCUAACUGUAAUCACCACUCACUCACCGUUUUUACUAGCACCUAAAACGCAUCUAAUUUAAGUGUCUUUUUACUAAUCCUGUUUGAAGAGCGUAUUUUUGUUCUUUACUGACCUAGUAUUAAAUUUAAAACAGAAUAAUAGCUAAUUUACUGGAGUUUGUUAGCGACAGUUACCUAACGACCCAAAUACUGUCUGUUGGCAUUUUUUCUAAAUAUUUAUAGAAGUAGAUAGACAAUUCCUAAUAAUCAUGCUAUUAUCGCUCGAUCUUUUUAAAAUCAUGUAAUAUAGGUACUGUUUUUAUUAUGCAUGAUCAUCCUUAAGGUUUAAUUAUGGAGUUCAAUAUACUGUUUUUGAAUCCCUUAGUCAUAACUCAUAGUAUAUUGUAAAAUAAAAUAGGAGAUGUGUACCAAAGAUUUUUAAGUACACCAAACGCA